UUUCCUAAAGCAACGUCCGAUUUUUCCUUUAGUUGAAGUGUUCUUUUUACUCUCUCACUUCUUCUUCAAGUCUGGACCGAGGAAUAGAGAACAAACAGAUCUCAAAUCAUAGAUUGUCAACCGGGUAAGAGUACUCCUCAACAAAUAGCACAACAUACACUACAGCGUUUGUACUGUUGAUGGAGACGAUAUAUAUAUCCCCAAUACCUGUUAUUUAUAGAGCUGUUUCUGUUUGUGAUCUUUUUCACUUUCAAUAUAUCGCUGCCAUUUUGUUGACCGUUCACAGUUCAUAGUUCAAUCUCCAUAUCACAACUGUCUAGUCUAGUAUUCACCAUGACAAACUCAGUCUCCACGUUCAACCCGGCGCAUCCCAACAACUCGCUUGCGUUGUCGCUCUUCAACGUGUACAAGUCUAAUCGGUCGUUGUUUCUCAAUUCUUCAUAUAUCAUUCUCAUCACUUUGGCCUUUUCUAGGGCUACCAACACGGGCGAGAAAAGAGACCUAGACAUCUCCAAAGAUAAGAAGAGAAUUGACGAAAGGGCCUCGUCACAUCCUAAGUUGUCUAAGGAGUCGUUCUACCGCCUUGCUCGUGCCAUCUUUCCCUCAGCGACAGACCCUACCAUCUUGUACUUUUUGGGCCACUCGAUUCUUCUAGUCUUCAGAGCUCUUCUCACUAUAAAGGUCGCUAGUUUAGAUGGUCAGUUGGUAGGAGCGUUAGUGACGAAGAGAUUGAGAAAGUUUGCCAAAUUGCUUAUGAUUUGGAUGGGAUUAGGUCUUCCAGCUUCUAUCGUCAACGCUCUUUUGACCUGGACAAAACAGAAUUUGAGUAAGGCAAUCAGGGUCAACCUCAACAACAGCAUAAUGGACGACUACUUGCCAGACAACUUAGACGCAAACUACUACUCGUUGAUCCAGUUGUCAGGUAAUAAGAUCAAGGAUCCGAACCAAAGAAUCACUACCGAUAUCACCAGAUUGAGUUAUGCCUUGAGUAGCUUACCGGGGCAAUUGUUGAAACCAACUUUGGACUUACUCUUGUGUGCACAGCAGUUAAGUAAAAGCGGUGUAGGUAACGGCGAGGGUACAUUGGCUCUUGGAAUGCUUGCCCAUUUCUCUACAAUGAUCUUGAGAUUCUUCUCCCCGCCUUUCGCCAAAUUGGCAUCAGAAAGAGCCAAUCUUGAAGGUCAGCUACGUUCUUCUCAUUCCAAGAUUGUGAGCAACAGCGAGGAAAUCGCUUUCUUGAGAGGGCAUCAACGAGAGUUGGAUUACAUCGACUAUUGCUACUACACCUUGGAGAGAUUCCUGAAGAACGAGAUUUGGAAAAAGGCAAUUCAUGAAAUUGCGCAAACUUUCAUUGUCAAGUACUUCUGGGGUGCAGCUGGUUUGGUGUUGUGUUCAGCUCCAAUUUUUAUCAACAAGUAUCUUGGCGAAGACCCAGAUGCCGACCAUGCUGGUGACUUCAUCACUAAUAGAAGAUUGUUGAUGAGUGCCUCUGACUCGUUGGAUAGAUUGAUUUACUCAAGAAGAUACUUGCUUCAAAUCCUUGGUCAUGCCACCAGAGUUUCCGACUUACAAGACACUUUGUUCGAGUUGAAGAACAAGAAGAAAUCGACAAAAAAUAUCGAAAUGAACAACGAAGAAAUUACCUUCAAAGACGUCAGAUUGUUGACUCCAGCAGAUGUUACCUUGAUCGAGUGCUUGAACUUUUCAAUAAAGAGAGGUGACCAUCUUUUGAUUGCUGGUCCAAACGGUUCUGGUAAAUCUUCUCUAUUCAGAAUGUUAGGUGGUUUAUGGCCAUGCAAGGAAGGAAGUAUAACCAUUCCUAACACAGAGAAUAUGUUCUACUUGCCACAGAGAGCUUACUUGUGUCAAGGUUCAUUAAGAGAACAAAUAAUAUAUCCUCACAACUUGAAACAGUUUAGAGCCAGCCAAAAAACCGACCAGGAUUUGAAGGAUAUCUUGACUCUCUUAAAGUUAGAUGAUCAUUCAGACCGUUUGGAUGAUACCACCAAUUGGAGUGAAGAGUUGUCUACCGGAGCCCAGCAAAGACUUGCCAUGGCCAGAUUGUACUACCACAAGCCUAGAUUCGCAGUUUUGGACGAAUGUACUUCAGCCGUAUCUCCUGAUAUGGAGCAAUUCAUGUACAAACAUGCCCAAGAACUCGAUAUCACGGUGUUGUCUGUUGCUCAUAGACCCGCUUUGUGGCAUUUCCACAAAUAUUUAUUGAAGUUCGAUGGAAAAGGUGGGUACUACUUUGGAAAGCUAGAUGCUGAAAAGAGAUUGCAGUUCGAACAUGAAAGAAUUUUGCUCGACAAAUCUUUAAGAGAUGUACCAAACUUGAGAGAAAGAUUAUUUGAAUUGAAAAAGGUGUCUACGGCUCAACAUAAGAAGAUUGACCAUAUAUAGCCUUACAAAGUGAAUAUGCUAGUGCGAGUUACCUAAUAUAAUGGAGAUAGCUAAA